CCCGCUGGGAGCGCUUCGGCGCUUUAAGGACGGGGAGGGCCCGGGGGCGGUGGCCCCAGGAGCGGUUGUCGCGGGGACUGGGCGGAGACGAGGCCCGAGGGCGGAAGUGAGAAAGUUGCGGGCGUCCAGAGGCGAGUCGGCGGAGCUGUGCGCGCGGCGCGGCGAUGGGGGGCUCGGGCAGUCGCCUGUCCAAGGAGCUGCUGGCCGAGUACCAGGACUUGACGUUCCUGACCAAGCAGGAGAUCCUCCUAGCCCACAAGCGGUUUUGUGAGCUGCUUCCCCAGGAGCAUCGGAGUGUGGAGGAGUCACUGCGGGCUCAAGUGCCCUUCGAGCAGAUCCUCAGCCUUCCAGAGCUCAAGGCCAACCCCUUUAAGGAGCGAAUCUGCAGGGUCUUCUCCACGUCCCCAACUAGAGACAGCCUGAGCUUCGAGGACUUCCUGGACCUCCUCAGUGUGUUCAGUGACACAGCAACCCCUGACAUCAAGUCCCACUAUGCCUUCCGCAUCUUCGACUUUGAUGAUGAUGGCACCUUGAACAGAGAAGACCUGAGCCGGCUGGUGAACUGCCUCACCGGGGAGGGCGAGGACACUCGGCUCAGCGUGUCGGAGAUGAAGCAGCUCGUGGACAACGUGAGCAGCCGGGCCAGGGAGCGGGAGGGAAGGUUGGGGCUCUGGCUGAAGCUCUCCCUUCCCCAGAUCCUGGAAGAGUCUGACAUUGAUAGGGACGGGACCAUUAAUCUCUCUGAGUUCCAGCACGUCAUCUCCCGUUCACCGGACUUUGCCAGCUCCUUUAAGAUUGUCCUGUGACAGCAGCCCCAGUGUGUGUUCCAGCCUCCUCUCCAAGAACCUUUCCGCUGCUAAGCUGUGGCCGAGGUCAUGCCUGUGUUGCCAGGGCCGGUCAGGCUGGCCCAGCCUGGAGCUGGCACUGCGCAGACUCGCCCCAGGCAGGGGCAGGCCCUCCUUGUCAGGGCCUCUCCCCUUCUGUCAGCCAUGGGCAUCGCUGUUUGUUUCUACUAAUCAAUAAUAAAGAUUUAGAAGUUUUGACCCU